CCCAGUAGCGCGUGCUCAUGUUUGAUUGACAGUUGCAGAGCCUUGCGCUGGGAGAGCAGGCUAACUCAAAAGGGACAACCAGAAACAUAUGCAUGUUGCUGUCUGAACAAUAAGUGACGCUGCCCCUCAGCUGAACGUAGCCGAAAACGCUAAAACCUUUUUUAUUAAGCGUCAAGACACCCGACCGCUGCAGCGCGCAAGACGUUUUUGCUUCUGUUGGGAUUCUACGACUUGUGGUAGCAGCUGAACCUUGAAAAUGAGUUCCAGAAGGCCGAUGACUCGUGCUUUCUCUGCCAACGGGCGGCUGGGUAGUAUAAAUGAGGAUGAUAUGCCCCCUCCCAGCGGAAGACCCGAUUCCAGAAACUACCUGCUGAACGUGCGGCCGGAGAACAGCUACACAAGUCACAGGUAUUCUUGCUACAAGCCAUCGAGGAGCACACUGUGUAGUGUGAUGGCACAGCUGACUGAGGAGACACAGCCAUCGUUUGAUACUACCUUAAAGUCCAAGGCCGUGUCCGAGGACUCUAACGUCAAGUUCAGCUGCGAGAUUUCAGGUUACCCAGUUCCUGAACUGACCUGGUACAAAGAUGAUAUGCAGCUGGACCGAUACUGUGGCCUUCCAAAAUAUGAAAUAUUCCGCAAUGGAAAAGUCCAUACGCUCCACAUUUACAACUGCACGAUCGAAGACGCGGCCAUCUACCAGGCAUCGGCCCGGAACAGCAAAGGGAUUGUCUCCUGCUCCGGCGUGCUGGAGGUCGGCGAUAUGAACGAGUUUAAGAUCCACCAGCAGUUCUUCAACAAGCUCAAGCAGAAGGCCGACAGCAAGCGGAAGGAGCUGGAGGAGAGCCGGCGACGGGAGAGGGGCAAGGAGAACGUGCAGGCCACGGUCCCGGGGCAGCCGCACACCCUCACCCCCGAGCGCCCUCCCAGGAAGCGCAGGUCACCCAGCGAGCCGGGACUCCGGGUGCCUCCUGUCCCGCGGGUCAGGGAGCCUGAGGCCGAGGCGCGCACUCAGGCCGAGGCACGGCUGCACGACGGGGCUAGGGAGGAGGGGACGGAGCAGCCUAAGGCUGCCGUGGAGAUACCCAACGGGUUCCCCGCCGACGCCAGGGUGACGCCCAUCUCAGACCUGACAAAGGAGGCGGAGCAAGAGAACGGCAACCAGGACCUCACGUACAUCUAUGAGACGGUGGAGAUAGUCACCACCACCAGGCGCCCAACCAAGGAGCCCUUAGCCACAAAGAGACCAAAGAUAUCUAACGGGGUGGCAGGUGGGGAGGUUAGCAGUGGAACCGUACAGGGGCAGGAAAGCAAGAAGGAUGAGCGGGAGGAGGGAGGAAUGAGCCUAGCGCAGUAUCUUGCGGAGUCCUCGAAGUCACAGGAAUGCGAGAAUAAGCAGGACUCAGAACAGGAGGUGAUGGAAGUAGAUGUCGCAGUGUCUCCUGAGAAAGAGAAGGUCGCUCAGACAGCACCCCUGGAAGAGGUACAUUCAGAUGCCCAGAAACCUGCAAGUAAGCAACCAGAGCCUCCUAAUAGCCAAGGAUCCCUUUCCUCAGUCUUCUUCUCUAUCAGAGACAUGUUCUUUGGGAGUAAGAACAAUGAUGCAAUCAAAACAGCCGAUGAUGCCCCACAACAAAACCAUGUUACCACCGCGGAGAAAGAGCCGCCUUCUGUCCCAUUACAACCUGACCCUAAAACGCAUGGGCGGGGACUGGACGGCCAGGCUGAGGACUUUAAAACACCUGUAGGGGAAAUAAUACAGAUGGAUACCAAGGAGCAGGUGGAGCCUCCCUCAGGAGCCCUGAGGGAGGCUCCACCUGGGCUCCCAAUUUCCACGAGCCCUGCUCUGGUGGUUGAGGAACCCGGGGAGAUGGCCGGGGUUGCAGCCCACCUCCUGCACAGACCAGCUGGGGGCCAGAUGCAGGCAGAGGAAGCGGGCGGUGCUUUGGAGGCUCCACAUGUACCUGCAGUGCCACUGGUUUCUGAGGUUGCAGAAGACCAUAUGCAGACAGAGUGGAAUUUAGGAUCUUCUGUACAGGACAUGGUCACACCCCUACGUGAGCUGGACAAAGUGCCAGGAGUGUUUACAUCUGCUGUGGGGCAGGCCACAACAGAUGUAGGUGAAACGGAUACCCUACAUGAUCAUGACCAGACUGACCCAAGUGAGCCGCCAUGCAGUGUGCAGCCCCAUUCCAGGGGAUCAGGUGAAAUCUCCAUGGAUACCAAGGCUGAUCAACAGAAAUUGGGCCCCCAAAACAUAGGAGGCCCGGAUGGCACGGCAGAGUAUAAAGAUUCACCCACAGUCAACACGGAUGCAGUAAAAGAAGGGGUCAGUCAUGCAAAGACGAAUGUGGUAGAAAGUGAAGAUGGUAUAUCCCAGGUGAAUUCCUCUGACUUGGUGCAGGAUAAUGUUGAAAUGAGGGAGAAAGAAAGUCCACUGAGCACAGCUCAGAAAAUGGAAGUCGAGACAAUUCCAGAGAAGCAAGAGAAAUGGAGGAAGGAUGUCACUGAUAAACUAAUCACUGUCCAACCAAUGACUGUAGAAUUAAAGCUUCCAGAUGUUUCACAACUAGAAGAAACAAUGACAGUUGUGCCAGAAGUGAAUAUUCCACUGCCCAGAAUCCCUGAUGUUACUGUUACACCACAUCUCACACCUCCCAAUCCAGAAUGCAUUGUUCCAGAAUUGCCACAAGAAGAAACAGUAAUUUGUGUCCCAAAGACAUAUAUUUUGGAAUCACCAACUGAACACACAUCUGUUCAUGAAAAAUCUGGUCCACAGCUGCUCGCAACUUUGGACAUAGCCAGUGUGGAAAGUGAUCCAGCUUCCAUCAUAGAGAACAUCAGGAAACAAGAGGUACUUUCAACGCAGCAGAUUUCACAGCAAGAUCAAGAACAGACAGUGCCCAAGGAAAAGGCUGCUCAGAAGAAUAUUGACAAGACAGAAAAUGAAACUUCUAUCCCAGUUAUUAAUGUAUGUCUCAGUGAAGACAGUGUACUUUGGUUUGACCCAGAGCCCCACAAAGUAAAGUAUCCAACUGAAAGCAAACCAGCAGUGGAAGAAUCAUCUAAAGUUCCCACCUUCGUGGUUCCUCCUAUUUCUGUCAUAAGUGCAGAUAGCCCUCCUGAGAGCAAUAACAUAUCUAAAGAUAGGGUAAAGGAAAUUGAAUCAACAUCUCCUUUAGUUCAUGGAGUCAAUACUGAUGUGGACUUGAAAAAAAGGUGUGAAAGUCCUUCUUUGGUGGGAAAGGAGGACAUCGGCCCUCCUGCUUCGGUUUGUGAGAAGAUUACAGAUGUCAAAGAGCCUGCUAAGCCAUUAGUCAUAGGUGUGCCACCAGAAUCCAUUAUAUUCAGCCAGUCGGACACAACAGAUGUGUCCUCUAGUGACACCUUAAUGAAAAAGACACCACCACUCAUCUCCUGCUUAGAGCAAGAAAAACCACAGAAAGAGUCUCAGACCACUGUAGAGCCUCAAUCCUUUGUGGAUCAACUCCAGAAAGACAAAUCCGCCAUUGAGAAGCUUACCCUUGCAGGCCCAGAGCAACCCAUGUUGAGUCCCACAACACUGCGGAGGUUUGCAGCCAAGGGUCUUUCCGGUCUGGAGGCUCCAGUCCUAAUGGCGGUCCCUGCCAUUCAGGUGGACAAUUUCCCAUCAGGAGAGGAGCAGGCUGAAGAGGUAACAGGGGGAGAGAGCCCACCAGCCGUCCCAUCCUGCGAGACUAGUCCCCGGCUGAGAAGGAAGGACAGCCCAACCCUCAUCCCCUCUGCCACCCCUGAGGAGCUGGCCUCAGGGGCUCGCCGCAAAAUCUUCCUGGCCAAAUCGAAAGGGGAGGUGAGUGAGGGGGCCGAGAAGGAGGAGUUGCAGAAGAGGAGGACGCUCUCCCAGGAGCAGGAGCAGCCUUACAUGUCACCAAACCAGUCUAGGAAGUCAGCGUUCCUCCAGACCAGCACGGGACAACAGACCCCACCUACUGAGAGACGCUCUCCCCACCUCAACCGCAAGAAGGCCACCCUGGAGGUACCCAAGCGUCCUGAAGAGCUGGUGGAAGAGACAGACUCCACUAAGACAGAUGACAAGCCAGCAGAGAAGGAGACCCUAAACCCUUUUAAAGCUCCUCAGGUUAUAAGAAAGAUUAGGGGAGAGCCCUUCCCAGAUGCCGUAGGACACCUGAAGCUGUGGUGCCAGUUCUUCAAUGUGCUCAGUGACUCCACGAUCAAGUGGUACAGAGAUGAAGUGGAGAUUGCAGAGGUUAAACGGAGUGCGGGAGACGAGAGUCAGGUGGCACUUGCCAUCGUUCAGACAUCAAGCAGAGACUGUGGUGUGUAUACCUGCUCCAUAAAGAAUGAGUAUGGGACAGACACAACCGACUUCUUACUCAGCGCAGACAUAUUGUCCAAUUUUCUUCUGAGGGAGGACUUAGAAGUGGGAGAGGAGAUUGAGAUGACCCCAAUGAUCUUUGCCAAAGGACUGGCAGACCCUGGGUACUGGGGAGACAAGUUUUUUGGGCGCAUCAUGAUACAGGAAGCGCAUAUUGGGGAGGGGUGCGCCCACAAGGCCUGCAGGGUGAAGGUCAUCUACGGCUUGGAGCCUGUCUUUGAAUCCGGCAGCAGCUGCAUCAUAAAAGUGCGGAACCCCAUCGCCUAUAGCUCCAAAGAUGAGAUUAGUCUGGCUGAAAUAAACCUGGAGACCACCAAAAAGGAGUGUAAACUCCAGAACACAGCUCGUGAGUACUGCAAAGUCUUCGCUGCUGAGGCUCGGGCGAUCGAGAACUUCGGCACAGCACUGGAAAUGCUUCCUCGCUACCUGAUGUAUAGGCCAGCCAACACGGUCCCAUAUGCCACAGUAGAAGUUGAUGUCCCAGGGGUCUUCCAGAAGUACUGCACAAUGGACGCUACAGGAGGGUUGAUCAUGAGGAGCGCGUCGGAGGUGGAGCAGAAAUGCUGUGCCUUCCAGCACUGGAUCCACCAGUGGACCAAUGGCAAUCUGCUGGUCACUCAGCUGGAAGGCAUUGGGAUGAGGAUCACUAACACUGGAGUUGCCACAAAGUUAAAAGGGUACCAGGGUCUUCCAGACAGCUGGAACCCACAGGUGUUUGAGCAGUUUGCAGUGCAGCACCAGUGCAACUACUACUGCGGUCUCCUGGGCCUGAGGACGCUGAAGCCCAUAGACUCCCAGCCUCAGCCUGCCAAGAUCAAGGGAUCCAGGAGCCCCCUGCUCAACCGGAGGGCAGGUCCGAGCUCCAGCCCCCAGCUGCCGAAGAAAGGGGUGCACAGCCCGCAGUCCACCCGCAAGGCCGCCUCCAGCCCCAAGGUGACCAGGAAGUCCGAGUCAGGGGACAAUGGCAAAACCACGGCCAAACCCAAAACCGCGGAGGGUCCCAAAGCUGUCGGGACAAGGUAGAAUGUGAGUCUGCUGAAGGAACUCAUGUCAAAGAAAGAAAAACGAAUAAUCAGAAGACAGAAUCUAAUCUCUCUCUUAACCACUCUUCGGACUGGAACAGUUUUUUUUUUCCCAUGUCCGUUGGUAUACUCUCUCACCAUGGUUUGAACUGAGCGUGAGCUGGAAGUGCCUGCAUUUUACCAGAUACCACAGCAUGACUCUGUGUCAGCAAUCAGAGAUUAUCUCAGUAGAGGGAUGAAGUGAUGAUUGUCUGCACUGGUCAUAUUUUGUGGUUACUGAAAAUUAUUUAUAAUUUAUUUGCUAAGUGUCCACCUUUAUUUAGUAAAAUUCUUGCAGAUUUAUACCUUGCGUGUUCUAAAUAAAUAUAUAACUGGAUCAUCACAGGAGCUACCAAGGUGACUUUCUCGCACUUUAUUUUAAUGAACCUACUUGUACUGUUAAACAACAGAGAAAUACUUGAUUACCUAUUAAAUAAGCACAACUAUUUAAUAAGUAGGAAAGUACUGUAAUUAUCAAACAGAUACUAAGUUGGUAGUGAACAGGUUGUAAACUUACUGUCUAUGAGUUGGAAAUAUUCAUAUAAUUCAGAAGUCACUGCUUUAAAAAAAUACUUUUUGUAUGUUCAAGCUUGUUGUUUUGAAUUAAUAUGAGGUUCUAUCAAGCAUUUAUAUUCAAAUAAAUGUUUGUUAGAAUAAAUACAUAUUUGGAAUAAAUUAAAUGAAACUCUUAUUACCUGUUUACAUGGUGCUUACUGUCUGUUUACCUGCUUAAAAAUAAUCCUACUUAUGUAGUAAGAAGGCUUUUUCCUAAUAUGAUAAACAUUAAAAUAAAGUGUGACCAAGUAGACUACCCUUUUUAUUAGGGAUAUUAGAACAGUUUCGCACCCCAGGAUUUGAAUCCAAAACCAGUGUUCCAGAAUAUGUACCAUGAUCAGUUAGGUGACUUCAGAAAAUGAAGUCUCCAGCAGGAAUUGGGUGACAAAACAGGGGUUUUGGCUCUUUAUUGAUCAGAGUAUUCUAGUAGGUGGUGCCUGUGGAUCGGAUUAAACAUUAUGUCCCAGUGAAAUGCUGCAUAACAAAGUAGCAAAAAAAUAAAUAAAUUCAGAAGCUGGGGUUCACAUUCUUUAUAUGGCUGAAAUGUGAGGCUUUUUCAUUUUAACACGUCUGUUGCACAUUUGACUUCAUGCCUGGCUACAGUUUCAAGUAGAUUGGUCUACCUUUCCUUAUAAUGGCAGUGCUGUGUUGCUGGACUGCACUUACAGUUGGAUCUCUUUAGAAUCCUUGGCAAGAAAAGAAAACAACCAUUCCUAGGUGCAUUGCUUGAAGUCCGGAGUCUGAUUAUUUGGUCCUUAUUCUUUUGUCGAGGCCUGAAGUAAAUGUUGCUGGAGCAAACUGCCUUUUUGUGAUGCAGCUCGAUUGUUGUUACAUAGAUACUGCACACUGCAUCGUUACUGUGAAACAGGCUUUGCCUGGUAAUUGGAUGAACUUGGGAUGACAGGUGCCUCCUGUUGUAUGCAAACAAAGGCAGCUGUACUUGAAAAGGCACUAAAGGGUUUUCUAUGUGGGGAAAAAAAAUCCAGUGAGAACUGUUUAGUUGGGCAUACAGUAUUAAGCCAUCCCAAAUCAGCUCUUUUAAGGCUGAUUUGUCCAGUGCUUGAUACACUAUAUUUGUCUAAGCACUCAACCACAGGAGUUAUUUUUCAUACAAAAAAUGUGACUGUGAUGUAUGCAUUACAUAUAAUGAUAGUUCUAGCAAUCACUGAGAGAACAGCAUUAGGUGCUCUUUUACGUGUGUGCGUGUGUUACUGUACUGGCCAAUGCACACCAUUGCAUGUAUUUUAAAGUUAAUUCCGUUUGUUUUGUAUACUAGAAAAAAAAAAUUCUUGGUUGGAUUGUUCUGGGAUAUGUAGAAGAUUUGGGUGGUUUCUUGUUGCUCUGUAGGCCAGACCCAUCAAGGAAGUUGCAGAACUGGGUAUUACUACUGUUUCUGUUCAGGCUAUAUACAGUCGAACACCAGAACAGAAAAUGUCCAUAACGUCAAUAUACUCUGAUGAGAGCUAAUAUUUAAUAUUAUUUAACAGAUAAAGAUUGGAUAUUCAUAAAGCCAUCAUUGUAGAACUAAAACCAAAAGUUUUGGUUCAUGCUGAAAGAAGUUUUAGGAUCAUAUAUAGAUUUUGUUUGUCAUUUUUGGCUGCUGUUGUGCACUCCCUGGUCCGUUUCAUUUGUCAACUCUGUUAAAUUGUAUCUCUGCAAAUCACUGUAUUUAUAUGUAGAAAAUAUGGACAAGAGCAACAUCUGUUGCUUUAAGUUUGGACAGAUAUGGCUGUACCAAAACAAUGAAACCAAACUGAAUGAUACUGUUUUUUGUUUGCAUUUAUGUGUGCACGCACAUGGGUGCGUGUGUGCCAGCACGUGUGGUGAAGGAGGCUUUGUUUACUGUAGUCCAUGGCACUGUUAUACAGUGACUAGUAAUGCUGUGCUUGUAUUUUUGUAAAAUAAAAAUGUACAUAUCAA